UGUAUAGUUGUUACUUAGUUUGAAAAUGUCAUUGUUUUUUAAUUUAGGUUUAGGGGACAUUAUGUGGGGAAUAAUCGGCAAGCAGCCUUUUUGGCCUUGCUACAUUGUAACAGACAAUGAUGGGAGAUCAUACAAAAGGAAAAUGUGCUCCAACGAUGUUUAUAGAAUUUCGUUCUAUGUGCAGUGGAUGGGGGAUGGGAGGCAUUCCUGGGUGGGCCUCUCUUAUUUGGUGCCCUUUGAGAGGGCACCAAACCCCCAGCACACUCCGUAUGACAUGUUGAAAAAUUAUAUCCAAACUCACCGAAAAAACAAGGAAAAUUUAAAGGCCUGCAAAAUCCCAAGGAGGCUGGCGGCGGAAAUAGAUGCUAUAGUGGAGGAGGCUCUGGAGAGGCAGGAUAUAUUUGAGUGAAGGACAUUAGAAACAAUGUAAGGAAAAGUGAUUUGUAAGGAGUACUCUGGAGAGGAGGGUACAGUGUCUGUAGGGUGAGUGACAAAGAUCAAUUCAUUUCAUUUUCAUUGCUUAUUAAGAAUAAAAAUUCAAUCCAUAUUCAAAAUUAAUUCACUUCGCUCACUUAACAGUCACUAUAUAUAUAGCCUAUUAUCACAAAUUUAUCCACUAUUCAUUCAUUCAUUUCUAUGAUGAUGAUAAUGAUGAUGAUUUUAGGCCUACAAUAAUAAAUUAUUAUCAAUCGAGUAUCAUUAUCAAAUUUCAACUGAAUAUCAUAAUAUGUAGCUAUUAAUUCCAAUAAUAAAAUUGUUAUGCUAGUUCACCAAUUUCAAAUCUAUUAUUGUUAAAAAAAAGUUAUAUUACAAGAUUUGUGAUUACAUUUUCUUAAUUUCCAAAUUAAAUUUAGAAUUGAUUGAUUGAUCAUGCUUGAUGGACAGACAGGGAGACUGCAAACCUCACUCGAUCAUUGUUUAAAUAAUUAAUUUCCAGCUGAUAAUUUUUAUAAAUUCAUGAAUACAUUAUUAUUUUCUAUUUGUUCAUAAAAUAGAAUUACUUUUUAGCAAUUUCCAACUCUAUUUACAAAAAUAGAACAUAUCACUGAAAGGCAUAACAUGUCCUCGCCCAAUUUAAAUUGAUGGUGUAAUAACAGUAAUAAAUAAAUAAAUAGAAAGGAAUAAUUAUUAGACCCCAAAAUUUUCAAUACAUAGGCAUUUCUGAGAAUAAGGCUUCUUUGAUUAUUAGUUCUCAUGGAAUUUAAUCGGGAUUAAAAGCUAUCAGACUUUGUGCAACCGGGGCGAUAAUCCUCUAAAAAACAAACCCUCAAAUAAGCAAAUUAAAUUUCCAAUAAUAUAAUAAUUAUCUAUCUUCAACAUACAUAGUUCCCUAUACUUCACAAAGUAGAUAAUUAUAAUUAAGAAUAAUAAGUAUUUCAAUAUCAUUUCCUACCUCUAAUUCAAAUCAAUUUUAACAAAAUACUGAAAAUGCAUACUAACAGCAAAAUAAACACAUCUGUUUGUUGUUUGACAAUAAAUAAUACUUGACUGAAUAAAUAAAUACAUUCAAUUAAAAUCUAAAUUAAAAUUAAACUGAACAAAAAUUAAUAUCUGCCUAAAAGUUAAAGUAGAAUAUCGCUUACAAUGAUAAAAAUUAAUCAUCUUCAUGUAUGUUUCUGUAAAUUAGUCCAGAUAUGUAGCAUUGGCCAAUCCCAUAAAUCAAUAGAAUAAUGAAAGCACUCUACCUUCAGAUAAUUGCAGUUUCAAGUCUGCAAACUCCAAGACAGAUAAUUGCAAUGUUUCAAGUAGAAAAUUGAGGCUCUGGUUCAAUCUUGACUUCCACCUUGACCACUGACUGACUCUGACUUGGCCACGACUCGACCUUGACUUGACCUUAAUACCCUCUCAAUAUCAUUUUACCAUAUUAUCCUAAAACUGUUUAAAUUAUUCGACUAUUUGGGGAAAUUUUGUUUUUUCACAGUAAAUAAGUUUCAUAGCUUCAUAUUUGUCAAGAUUGUUCAAGAGCCCACAAUUUCUAUUUACUAUCUAGUUCAACUGAAAUUUGUCAUUUUGAAUAGUUUAAUUAAUACAAAGUCCUCCAAAAAGAAAAACAGAUCUGUAGGGUUCAAUUAUUAGGAAUAUUUUCAGUCUUUUACAGUAAACAGUAAUCAUAUAACCAACCAUGCAUGAUUCAGGAACCAAAACUUCUUUCAUCCAAGAAUAGUUGAAUUACUAUUGAGCAUUUCCUGGACAGGUUUCCUUAUUUCAGCCUAGUUGACUGAUAAGUCUGAUAGGCCAAAAUAUAUUUUUCAAAAAAUCAGUUGAUCUUUUGAUGGCCAAAGCAGAGGAUAUUUCAUAAAUUUGAGGGAGGUUCAGAUGAAUUUCUGGUACAGUCAUUGUACCAGACAAAUACAUUGCUUUUAAACAGAUGGAACUGGAUUUUUUAUGGUAGAGUAACUUUUGUAUGUUGGGUGGAACAAAUCGGUUCAUUCUUGACUUGCUUUUGUUGUUCUCUGAGAGGAAUUUCUACAGUUUGGACGUUCAGAUGUUGCUGCAUUAUCAUGAAUAUGGAGGAUUGAAUGCUCCAAGGUUUUUGGAUGAUAGGGUUUUGGGGAAAUUUUCUUUGUCGACCAGUUGUGGUAGAGGUAUCAUUGUGAUGAGAAACUGUUGAAUGUGAUGUAAGUAUCGGUUCCACACACUUUGUGAGUCUGAGGCCUGAAGGCGGCCUUGAGGCGCCCGAGGCCGCCUUGAGGCAGAGGCCACCUGUGUGGGCCAGUCAAGGUAUUUGCAUUUCAAAGUAUUUGUCCAAUCCCCAGAAUACCUCAAAUACAGUAUACAAAUCCCCCCUCAACCAAAGAUGUUUUUAUUCACCACCAAUAAUUGUUUUGACCCCUCCCCCAAAUAAUUUUAAUCACACUGUUUGCUUAUUCGCCCCCCCCCCCAGUGAUCACCUGUUGUAAGUUGUUGGCUCAAGCUGUAUGGUGUUGUUGGGAGGUUUUGUUGUAGUUUGCUGAGUGGUAAAGAGGGUCUACUAUGUGGUCGAGGUAAACUCUCUCAGCUGUUGACCAAAGUCGACAAUGAACCCUUUUUGUUCCAACCAACAUACAAUGAAUGAUUACGAAAUUCAGAUAAGUCUAGAACUUCAAACUCCCUACUUUUCCAAAAAACAAGCUGAUUUAUAGACAAGUACUAGUUUUACCUUCCAGGUUGCUCAAAGAACGUAAUUCAACUAGGAAGAUUUUCUCCGCAAUGCUCUAAUUACUGCUGUUCAAUGAAUAAUGAGUUAACCACCAAACUGCAAUAUCAAAUUAAAUCAAAUCUUCAUUUUUCCCAAAAACAUAAUUACAAUGACAAUGGUUGUAAGAAAGUAAUAUGUAAUAUAAAAUGAAAUACCAACAGAUAGGUUAAGAUAUUAAUAUAAUACAUACCAAUAUAAUGUAAUAAUAUAACAUAACAAUAUAAACAUAAUUUCAAUGGCAAUGGUAAUAAGAAACUAUAAUACAAUAUAACAUGAAGAAUGAAAUACCAUCAAAUUGGAUUGAAUAUAAAUAUAUUAAACAGCAAGUCUCUGCAAGGUUUGAAAAAAACCUGAGUGCAGAGGCUUAGUGUUAUUGAAUUAUUAAUAAAUAACAAUAUUAUUCAAAUAAAUAUUUAAUAUUAUUGAAAUAGCAAUAGUAUAAAUCUAAACAUAAUUCAUGCUCAAAUCCCUUCCUGUUUCUCAAUCUCUCUCUCUCUCUCAAUGCUACAGUUUUCUAUUCAAAACCAUCUUUUGUUUGAAAAAUAUUUUUUGUUGAUUAGUUCAUCAUCUAAGCAUUGGGCUAGGACAUCAUUUUGGUGUUAGGACUCUUAAAAUAUAUAAUAGCUUUAAUGGAACUCUCGUUGGAAUAAAGCAGAAUGGAAAAUUCAUUUUUAUGCGGAAUGAGAGAGUGAUUUUGGAAUAAUUGACUUGAAAGAAUAUCCUCUCCACAACUAAGCUCUGUCAAUCAAGCAUCAUCAAUCAAUGAAAAAAUAUUAAACAAUUGACCAUUUUUUUUAAUUUAGGCAAUACUAUUUCUGUAUGAUAAUUAUGAACAAAAUUUUCAAUCUUCAUUAAUCUGUUGUUAAUUAUUACCAGUAUUUCUAUUUUUCAAUCAUCAUCAUUAUCAUUUCAAAUCAAUUGAAACUAUUCCUUAUUUGACAGUUUAAUAGAUUCCGUUCCACAUUUCAAAAUCAAAACCUUUUUCUCCUAGAAAUAUUUUUGUUUUUUUCCUUUGAAAAUUUUCAAAUUUGUUUUUCCAAAUUUAAUUUUCCUAAUUGUAUUUUAAAAAUUCACUUUCUCAUAAAAAA